AAUUCUAACACUGGAAAGUGCGAUACAAAAAGAGGAAAAAUGGCGGAUAACGUCGUGAACGGUGAUUCCGACGAAGUGCAGCAAGAAAAAUCACAGAAAAAGGCAGCGAAAUAUGACAGCGGCGCUGCCGAUUUAGAAAAGGUCACAGAUUAUGCGGAGGAGAAAGAAAUAUCCUCGUCGGACGGAUUCUCUUGCGCUUUGAGCAUAAUCGGAGAUCAACGGAAUAAGGAGGCAGCGGAGAAGAAAGCGCGAGAGAAGGAGUUAUUAAAAAUUCCUAUCAAUAAGGAAGAUGUUGAUCUCAUUAUGAAAGAAAUGGAAAUAAGUCGAAGCAUAGCGGAACAAACGCUCAGGGAACACAGAGGGAAUGUUGUCGAGGCGUUGAUCACAUUAACGAAUUAACUGUACAGCAUGAACAUCAAAUAUUUACCAAAAUCUCAAUUAUAUUGUAAAUUAUAUGGUCUUAGGAAUUGUUACGACUGGGUUAUUAAUAUUUAUUCAUGUAUAUUACAAAAUAUAUGCUAAGCAAUCGU